AUGCCAUCACAAAUUUGUCGCCAUUCCAAAUUAAGAGUACUUGUAUUACAUGAUAUUUCAUCGACAAAAGAUGCUGGUAAUUCUGAUUCUUUUUGGAUCCCAGUCUUACCGUUUAGUUGCAUUUGUAUCACUUGAGAAAUGCUUACAGUUUCCUUUGUCAGUUUAUAUUCACAUUUCGUGCCGACUCGACUUGGAAAACAUUGACAAAUGGUUGUGUUGUCAUUGGAAUCGAUAGAAGUGGAAUUCAAAUAGCUUGCAUAUCGUUCAAUAACGCUAAAUGGAAUAAGCCAAUCGAUGAGCUUGUCCGUAGUGACGUUCCUUUGUUUCAAUUGAGAAAAUGGCCGUAGUUGACCUUUUGUGCAUGUCAUGUUUGUCUUUUGUAUAACAAUCUGAUCGUCUGCCGAAUGACAGAAGUAACGAGAAUCGUAUAAGAAGCAAUCUGUGUCCGGUUCGUCAUUGGAAUAAAUUAACCAUUCAUUACGUUCAGCCAAAGCAAAAAUGUCAUAACGACUGAAGAUGAAUGUAAACGACGUCCACAGAAGUAUCAUUCCUUUUAUCAUUUAUGACUAAACCAAGUUGAAUAAAAUUAUGAAUAGAAUUAAACGACUGCUUGUAGAGUACUGAUGUUGAUACACAUUGUAUUGACUCAACAAGAGAAUUGCAAAUUCUCUCUCCACAGAGCUCAGUAACAGAACUAAUCAAAGACUGCACAUAACUGAUAGUUGCUAAAAGGCAUUAACACGUAAAUGGCAAUGACUGACGCAUAACUUCAAGUCAUUCACAGUCAAUAGCACGUAGCUUGUAUUUACUGACAGUCACUUGUUUUUUUGUCGCAGCUUUCCUUAAAACAAGCAUGACUUUUGUUUCAACAAUUAUAGAAAAAAAACCAGUAAUUGUUGUCGUAUUUGUGUUGCAUGGAUACUUAUACAAUACGCUCUCAUCCAUUGUUAACGUCGCUUCAUAUGUAGAUCAUAGAAAACUAGAAACUGGACAGUUCGCUUGAAAGUUCCGAUCUGAUUCACUGUUCGCAACGUUGAUCGAUCAGAGCUGAACUGUUUGAAAAGUUCAGCUCAGCUCUAUGAAUCCAUCGAGCUGGCUUGAGGGUGGUUGUGGAUGUGAAUGGGUCGAUGCGGGUGUGUGAGUGUCGUAGCUUCUCAAAAGAGAUACUUUUUAAUGAAAUAUCGCUAUUUAAAGAAAACUUUGGCUAUUUAAAAGCUUUGAUACUGGUUUUUUCAUAGUUAGCUAGCAAUUCAAACAAAACAACAGUGACACUCAAUUAUUUAAAUAGCUGCGUGGCUCAUUGUUUUGCGUUCUGGUUUUUUUGAAUUCAUCCUCACAUCAAGUAAGCAACCCCCUGCUCGUGGUUUAUUUUGUUUUUUCGAAAUAAAUGAUAUUAGAUGAUAAAAAGAUAAAAUAAAAAAAACGAAUUCAUCCUCACAUCAACCCAACAACCCUCUGCUCGUGAUUUAUUUUAUUUUCUUUUUUGAAGGAAAAGAUAUUAGAUGAUAAAAAGAUGAAAUAAUAAGAAAGAAUCUAUCCUGUUAUCAACCAAACACAAACCUCUGAUCGUAGUUUAUUUUCUUUCAAAGUAAAAGAUAUUAAAAGAUAGAAAGAUUGCAUAAAAAACGAAUUCAUUCUCACUCAACCAAACAAACCUCUGCUCGUGGUUUAUUUUGUUUUUUUUUUUAUUACAGUAAAACAUAUUAGAUGAUAAAAAGAUGAAAUAAGGAAAAAACGAAUUUAUCCUCAUAUCAACUAAACAAACCCUUUUCUGAAGAAUCAGCAAGGUAGGAUGAAUAUUUGAGCAAAAUAUCUACUAGUGAUGAUAACGUAGUAUUCUUUUUGAUGCUUAUAAGAAUAAACAUAUAAUUGUCAGUAUUUUUUAUUGUUAGAAAUCGCAGACUCUGAUUUAGGUUUUUUUCUUUUCUAUCGCAAUUUUAAAUAGUUGCAAGAUAUUUAGAUAGCAAUGAUAGGAUAAAAUAGGCAAAUGAAUAAUUAAAUUGCUAUGCAAAUCAUUAAAUAGCUACAAAAUCUUUAGAAAGCUGUGAUAGUAUUAAAUAGCCAAAUGAAUGAUUAAAUAGCUAUGUAAAUCAUUAGAUAGCUAUAGCAACUUUAAAUAGCUACAAGAUCUUUAGAUAGCUAUGAUAAGAUUAAAUAGGCAAGUAAAUGAUUAAAUUGCUAUGCAAAUAAUUAAAUAGCUAUAGCAACUUCAAAAUAGCUACAAGAUCGUUAGAUAGCUAUGAUAGCAUUAAAUAGCUAUACAAAUCUUUAAAUAGCUAUCGCAAGUUUAAAUAGCUGCAAGAUCUUUAGAUAGCUAUGAUAGCAUUAAAUAGUCAAGUCAAAGAUUAAAUAGCUAUGCAAAUCAUUAAAUAGCUAUAGCAACUUUAAAUAGCUACAAGAUCUUUAGAUAGCUACGAUAGCAUUAAAUAGUCAAGUCAAAGAUUAAAUAGCUAUGCAAAUCAUCAAAUAGCUAUAGCAACUUUAAAUAGCAACAAGAUCUUUAGAUAGCUAUGAUAGCAUUAAAUAGCCAUGUAAAUGAUUAAAUAGUUGUGCAAGCCAUUAGAUAGCUAAAGCAAUUUUAAAUAGCUAUAGGAUCUUUAAAUAGCUGUGAUAAGAUUAAAUAGCCAUAGCAACUUUCAAUAGCUAGAAGAUCUCUAGAUAGCUAUGAUAAGUUUAAAUAGCCAUGUGAAAGACUAAAUAGCUAUACAAAUGAUUGAAUAGCUAUGAAAGCCUUUAAAUAGCUAUGGCACGUUUAAAUAGCUACAAGAUCUUUAGGUCACUAUGACAGUAUUAAAUAGCUAUGACAAUGAUUAGUAGUUAGACUAGGAAAUCAUUGAACAAGUUUGUCUUCGAAGUCAUUUGAUGUUAAUUAUACACAAAAAGAAAUUGUAUCUCUUUUGAGAAUGAGCCGUGAGUGUGGGGCGUGGGUGUGGGGUAUGAGUGUGGAUGUGGGUGUGGGUGUUAGUGGGCGGGUGUGGAGUGUGGAUGUGGGUGUGGAUGUUAGUCGGCGGGUGUGGAGUGAGGAUGUGGGUGUGGGUGUUAGUGGGCGAGUGUGGAGUGUGGAUGUCAACUGUUCCACGCGCACCCACACCUACACUUCCCCACACCCACGCCCACACCCACACCCACACCUACACUUCCCCACACCCACGCCCACACCCACACCCACACC